UCAGGAACCAUGCCGAAACCACACAGCGAAGCAGGGACUGCCUUCAUUCAAACCCAGCAGCUGCGUGCAGCCAUGGCUGACACCUUCUUAGAACAUAUGUGCCGCCUGGACAUUGACUCCGCACCCAUCACGGCCCGCAACACUGGCAUCAUUUGUACCAUUGGUCCUGCUUCCCGGUCUGUGGAGAUGCUGAAGGAGAUGAUCAAGUCGGGAAUGAACGUGGCUCGUCUCAAUUUCUCUCAUGGAACUCAUGAGUACCAUGCAGAAACUAUCAAGAACGUGCGUGCAGCCACAGAAAGCUUCGCCUCUGAUCCCAUUCUUUACCGGCCUGUUGCUGUGGCUCUGGACACAAAGGGGCCUGAGAUCCGGACUGGACUCAUCAAAGGCAGCGGCACUGCAGAAGUGGAGCUAAAGAAGGGAGCUACCCUGAAGAUCACCCUGGACAACGCCUACAUGGAAAAGUGUGAUGAGAACACGCUGUGGCUGGACUAUAAGAACAUCUGUAAGGUGGAGGAAGUGGGCAGCAAGAUCUACGUAGAUGAUGGGCUCAUUUCACUGCAGGUGAAGGAGAAAGGCGCUGACUUCCUGGUGACAGAGGUGGAGAAUGGUGGUUCCUUGGGCAGCAAGAAGGGGGUGAACCUCCCUGGAGCUGCUGUGGACAUCCCUGCUGUGUCAGAAAAGGACAUCCAGGACCUGAAGUUUGGGGUGGAGCAGGAUGUAGACAUGGUGUUUGCGUCUUUCAUCCGCAAGGCAGCCGAUGUGCACGAGGUUAGGAAGGUCCUGGGAGAGAAGGGCAAGAACAUCAAGAUCAUCAGCAAAAUCAAGAACCACGAAGGUGUCCGCAGGUUUGAUGAGAAUUUGGAGGCCAGUGAUGGGAUCAUGGUGGCUCGUGGUGACUUGGGCAUUGAGAUUCCCGCAGAGAAAGUCUUCCUGGCUCAGAAGAUGAUGAUUGGCCGAUGCAACCGCGCCGGGAAGCCAGUCAUCUGCGCCACACAGAUGCUGGAGAGCAUGAUCAAGAAGCCCCGCCCCACCCGUGCUGAGGGCAGUGAUGUGGCCAGUGCGGUCCUAGAUGGAGCAGACUGCAUCAUGCUGUCAGGAGAGACCGCCAAAGGGGACUACCCUCUGGAGGCCGUUCGCAUGCAGCACCUGAUUGCCCGUGAGGCGGAGGCCGCCAUCUACCACCUGCAGUUAUUCGAGGAACUCCGCCGUCUGGCGCCUAUCACCAGCGACCCCACAGAAGCUGCUGCCGUGGGCGCUGUGGAGGCCUCUUUCAAGUGCUGCAGUGGGGCCAUUAUCGUGCUCACCAAGUCUGGCAGGAGUGCUCACCAGGUGGCCAGGUACCGCCCGCGUGCGCCCAUCAUUGCCGUGACCCGCAAUCCCCAGACAGCUCGCCAGGCCCAUUUGUACCGUGGCAUCUUCCCUGUGCUGUGUAAGGAUGCAGUGCAGGACGCCUGGGCUGAGGAUGUAGACCUCCGUGUGAAUUUGGCCAUGAAUGUUGGCAAGGCCCGAGGCUUCUUCAAGAAGGGAGAUGUGGUCAUUGUGCUGACCGGGUGGCGCCCUGGCUCUGGCUUCACCAACACCAUGCGUGUAGUGCCUGUGCCUUGAUGGCCCUCUGGAGCCCCUCUUCUAGCCCCUGUCCCAUCCCCUUCCCCAUCCCAUCCAUUAGGCCAGCAACGCUUGUAGUGCUCACUCUGGGCCAGA